GAAACCUUAGGGAAGAGGAAGUUACACUAAACACAUUCACAUUGUAACUCUUUUAAUUCUGCGUGCCGUUUCCUUAGCCGUGCAACUCAUCUUAGCACCCAAAUUUCGUUCGCAUCAUCGUUACCCUCUUCUUCCCCUUUUCGUAUUCGUUUCUCUCUCUUCAACAAUUUCUCCGAUUCCCUUUUUUUUUUUCUCUGCUCGUCUUCGCUGCCAGGUGCACCUUCCAUAGUAGCUGGAGGUUAGUAGUGGAACUUAUCAGACAUUGAUGAAACAGCAGUUAUAAAUUUAUGAUGUCCGGACUGAUUGAAGGACUUCCUGAUGCUGUUGCAAUUAGGUGCCUUGCACGGGUUCCCUUUUACCUCCACCCAAAGUUAGAGCUUGUCUCUCGAUCUUGGCGAGCAGCCAUUCAUAGCCCUGAACUAUUUCAAGCUCGUCAGGAGGUUGGUUCAUCUGAGAAUCUGUUGUGUGUCUGUGCUUUUGAUCCGGAGAAUUUAUGGCAGCUGUAUGACCCUUUACGAGAUCUCUGGAUUACACUUCCUGUUCUUCCCUCAAAGAUCAGACACCUUUCCCACUUCGGUGCUGUGUCCAGUGCUGGAAAGUUGUUUGUAAUUGGUGGUGGAAGUGACGCUGUUGAUCCUUUGACUGGUGACCAAGAUGGUUGUUUUGCAACUGAUGAAGUCUGGUCGUACGACCCUGUAGCCCGGCAGUGGUCCCCUCGUGCAUCAAUGCUUGUCCCCCGUUCUAUGUUUGCAUGCUGUGUUUUGAAUGGGAAAAUUAUUGUGGCUGGGGGCUUCACUAGCUGCAGAAAAUCAAUAUCUCAAGCAGAAAUGUACGACCCUGAGAAGGAUGUUUGGAUUCCAAUGCCUGAUCUUCAUCGCACUCAUAAUUCAGCCUGUUCAGGAGUAGUGAUUGGCGGAAAGGUGCAUGUACUGCACAAGGAUAUGUCAACAGUGCAAGUUUUAGAUAAUGCGGGGCCUGGGUGGACCGUUGAGGAAUGUGCGUGGCUCCAAGGUCAGAUGGCAGUUGUUCAGGAUGCACUUUAUGUGAUGAGCCAUGGAUUUAUCUUCAAGCAGGACAAAGAAGUGAGGAAAGUUGUAGGUUCAGCAUCUGAAUUUAGGAGGAGAAUUGGGUUUGCAAUGAUUGGGCUAGGUGAGGAGCUAUAUUUGAUCGGAGGCUUCAUUGGCCCUGACAGAUGGAAUUGGGAAAUUAAGCCAUUAUCCGAUGUUGAUGUUCUCACACUUGGGAUUGAGAGACCCACUUGGCGCCAGGCAGCUCCAAUGACUCGGUGUCGUGGUACUAUUCUUGGUUGUACACUGCUCAGAAUUUAGACCUUCACUUUCUUAGCUCUCGUGUUAUUUGUGCUCGUUGGGAUUUUGAUCCUUUAAACUAGACAAACAAUCACUUGUUCAAUGGCUUCCCUGUUUUGUAUGUGAGCCAUAAUAUUUGUCCUUACUUUUGUGUUGGUUACAUGCGGUAAUGAGGUUAGUUUCAGUGUUUGUUCUUUUCCAAGUAAAACAUUAAGUUCCACCAGAUAAUAGGGCAACAAAUCUAUAGUAUUCCACCUUGCAAUUUAUUUCUCAACCUCACGUAUAAAGGACUAAUUCAUAUAGCAGAAGUCAACUUCGUUUUAAUUGUUCAGCCUUUUUUUUGCUUCGAAAAACUUCAUAAUCUCGUCAUUUUGUCAUAUUGCAAUUAAAUUAGUUUUGAGAUGGUUUUUAC